AUGCAGGGAAUGACAAGGAGGGAAGACAAUGAACCCACAGGAGACAAAGGCAGCACAGAGACUAAAUACACAAGGGAGAGCCUGGUCCUGAUGGAGAGGUUUGGUUUCCCGGUGUCCGUGGCCCUCAGGGUGAUCCAGGAGAUGAAGGGGACAUCGGAGAACCUGGACCCCCUGGACUUAAUGGAGCCAAUGGUAAUCCAGGAAAGCCUGGACCCUCAGGUGAUCCUGGACCUCCAGGGCCUCCAGGUAAGCAAGGAUUUAAGGGGCGUCGAGGCCCUUCAGGACAUGAGGGACUCGGAGGACCAACUGGGUCACCAGGACUUCCUGGAUCCAGGCUUUGAUGGCAUCAUGGGGGAGCAAGGGAAGCAGGGAAAAGAUGGACUGAAGGGAGAUCGGGGGCCAACCGGUAUUCAAGGAGUUCCUGGGCCUCGAGGCGACAAGGGAACGUGUGGAUUCCUCGGAGUGACUGGACCUAAAGGCCUAAAGGGAUUUCAAGGUCCUUCAGGUAACAGGGGACAGGAUGGACCUCAUGGAGCCCUGGGACGCAUUGGUGCAAAUGGAAAUAAUGGCGACACUGGACCUCCAGGACCAAAAGGAUUGCCUGGGAAGACAGGCACUCCUGGCCUCCAAGGACCCGUAGGGACGAGUGGAGAAGCUGGCAGCAGAGGAUCGAAGGGGACACCAGGAAAGCAAGGACAGAGAGGGGUUAAAGGUAAUGAAGGCCCAGGAGGACUUCAAGGAAGUGAAGGCUUAAAGGGUAAGAGAGGUGAGGAGGGACCAAGGGGGAAACAAGGCCGCCCAGGUGAGAUGGGCAUGCCUGGACCACAGGGAUACAGAGGAUAUUCUGGUAUCCAGGGUAACAUUGGACCAUGGGGUGAGGUCGGGCCCCGUGGCCUUCCAGGUGACCAGGGGCCACAAGGUCCUGUUGGCCCGCUUGGAGUUACAGGUUACCCAGGUAAAGAUGGACCUCAGGGAAGUUCUGGAUCCGCUGGUGUCAAAGGAGAUAAGGGAUCCAGAGGAGCUUUGGGGCAGGAGGGAGUUGCUGGUCUCGAUGGUGAGGAGGGUCCAGUUGGACUGAAGGGACCUGAGGGACUAGCUGGACAAAAAGGCAUAUCUGGUGACAAGGGAAACACUGGGCCUCCUGGACAGAAAGGGCCAAAGGGAGCUGAAGGCAAAAGAGGCAACCAAGGGCCACAAGGAGCAAAGGGGCCACCAGGAAAACAGGGGUACAGGGGUUCACCAGGGGAUCGAGGAAAACAUGGAGUGCCAGGGCUCAAGGGCCCCCCUGGCAGUAUAGGUCCCGCUGGACAAAUUGGACCAUCAACACCAGGUUUGCCAGGCAAGAGAGGUGUUGAGGGAAAAACUGGAAUCCCUGGACCAAAGGGCAGUCACGGUGAGGCAGGCAAGCUCGGUCUUCAAGGGAUCAAAGGAGACAUGGGCAUGAGAGGUCAAACAGGGGCGAAAGGAGAGCCAGGGACAAGAGGCACAAUGGGCCUAAGCGGUUUGGAUGGGUUACUAGGGGUUGAGGGUAAUGAAGGAGAUCCGGGUGAUAUUGGUUUCAGAGGAGCUCCUGGAACACCUGGCAGGCCUGGCAAAAUGGGAAACCCUGGAUCCCCUGGGAUCAGUGGGAAUACUGGAGCACCAGGGUUCAAGGGUAAAGCUGGACCAAAAGGAAAAGGACCACCUGGACCAAUGGGGCCAAAGGGUAUUCCAGGACUGAGAGGAGAGAAGGGCAAGUCUGCAAUUAAUGGUCCAAAGGGUCUCCUUGGUGACAUGGGAACACCAGGACCAAUCGGACCACCUGGGCUAAAGGGGAAUCCUGGCUUGCAGGGCCUGAAAGGCCAAAGAGGUCAUAAGGGAAAGCAGGGGGAUACUGGUCCUCCUGGUCCAAGGGGGCAAAAAGGCUUUCUUGGACUCACCGGUCAGCUUGGAAAGAAGGGAAUGAAAGGUGUCCAAGGCAAGGGAGGACCAAAGGGAGUGAAGGGCAAGCAUGGACCUCCAGGAAAACCAGGUGCACCAGGCAAGCGCAGGCAUACACAAAGGCAGGGAUCAAGCUCUGAGCCAAAACCAGGUCAAGGAAAUGAGCUAAGGCCAAAAACAAGACCCAGUACAAGAUCAAAACUGAAAAAUGUGCCAAGAUCAAGACAAACACCCAGCCUCCUGAAGCUAAGGGAAGGACAAGAAAAAUGGCCCAGGCCAGUGUCCAGGAGAUGGUCUGAAGUAGAUGAGGCUGAGGAAUCCUUCAGCUGGCCGCAGGGAACUAAAGAUGAUCCUGCCACCACCUGCUAUGAGCUGGGACUCGUACACCCACAUCUGAAUGAUGGUUACUUUUACAUGGACCCCAACCAAGGCUGUCCCUAUGAUGCUGUGAAGGUAUUCUGUAACUUCACAGCAGGAGGAACAACCUGCAUUGACCCUGUGCAGUCUCAGAUUAAAUUACAUUGGGAACCAGUAAAGAAGAAAUCAAAAACGUCUGUCCAGUGGUUUAGUCAGCAGCACGGUGAAAACAAGUUUGAGUAUGCUGGUGUGGAUGUUGUCCAGCUGAGGUUUCUGCGGUUACACAGCCACACAUCUUUCCAGAACAUGACUGUCAGGUGUACAGCAAACUACUCCAGUACUGCUGGAACAACCCAUUCAGCCAACAGGAUUAUUCACUUCCUGGGAGACUCUGGCAAAGAAAUCCUUUCACACUUAACCACAGUGUACAGGAAAGGCUGUGAGGCGGAGGUGGUUGUAAUGGUUCGGGGGAGCACGGAGCUGCAUCGAGGCGAUAUGGAGUUACUUCCUGUCAGAGAUCUGGGUGUAGAUAUGAGGUCGCUAUCUCCCCUUGUCCCGGAAAUCACUGUUGUUUUGGGACCCCUCUGCUUUUUGUGACCUAUGCUGUGUGUGUGUGUGUGUGUGUGUGUG